AUGACGUUGCCUCUCAUACGGCGCUCGGCGUCGGCCAUAGUAUCGCACACCGGGAGACCAAUCGCCCGCAACCUCUGGCCGUAUCUCUCGUCAAACAUCGCCGACUGUUCAUCAGUCAUAUGCCGUAAUUUUAGUAAACAGCGUAAAAUAAGUGAUCGGGUCUAUGGGUUGGGCAGUAAUAGUGAGGGAGUGUUGGGUUUGGGACACAACCGACCCAUACAUACGCCCGAAGAAAUACUUGAAUUACGCCACCAGAAUAUACAACAGUUUUUUGUUAUAAAUAACUUUGCAUUUGCUUUGAAUUCCGAACAUGAGAUAUACAUUUGGGGUCAAUAUGGAACUUGUUAUAAAUCCUUUUAUACAAUGACCACUAUGCAUCCUGUUAAAGAAAAGGAUUUAUUCCAAUACCUGUCAUUUAUGUGGAAGAUGUGGAGAUACGAGCAACGGCGCGCCUACACAACACAUACUUUUCCGCAAGACGAACCCCAAUUGAAAUACUAUUUCCUGGAUAUUACCCAAUUGAAGACAUUAUGUGCUGUCAAAGCAACUUCUUUGCCAUUACAUCCAAAGGGGAGACAAUUGGUCGAAAGUGUGGAGUAUUUGCAUAAAAAUAAUAUCAUUCACAGAGACCUCAAACCCGAUAAUGUGUUGAUUGACAACAACUAUAGAUAUAUAAAGUUAUGUGACUUCGGUUUGUCUAAAUCCGUGGAUGUAUUGAGUGAUGAAUACAAACAAAGUAGUGUUAAACACGCCAAAAAUGUUGGAGAUAUUCAAUAUAUGGCACCCGAAGGACAGACCACUGAAUACAACCAUUUAAUAGAUGUCUAUAGUCUGGCACUCAUUGGCGCAGAAAUUUUUGAAUUUAAUACAAGAGAUAUUGAAAACGGAAAUGCUAAUAAGUGGUCAACGAAUGGAUCGACGGAUUGGAGACUAAGACCCGAAUGUGAAAUUAUGGUCAAAUAUAUGAACACUAUGAAUAUUUGA